CGAGUCAGCCAAUUAUUUGCCACGAGGAAGGUGGUCCUAAGGAAAAAUGGCGUCUAUUUCGGAACUGUACGAUGUCACUUGGGAAGAGAUGCGAGACAAACUCCGAAAGUGGAGAGAGGAGAAUUACAGAAAUAGUGAGCAGAUUGUGGAUGUUGGUGAGGAACUUAUCAGUGAACAUGCUUCAAAGCUCGGCGAUGACAUUUGGAUAAUUUAUGAGCAGGUGAUGAUUGCAGCGCUGGACUGUAGUCGGGAUGAUUUGGCAUGGAGUUGUCUACAGGAGCUGAAGAGGCAGUUUCCAGACAGUCACAGAGUGAAGCGAUUAGUGGGUAUGCGGCUAGAGGCUCUGGAGAGGUACGAAGACGCCAAUAAGUUGUACGAUUCAGUACUACAAGAUGACCCCACUAAUACAGCAGCAAGGAAGCGCAAGAUCUCCAUUCUGCGAGCGCAGGGCAGGAACACUGAUGCCAUCCGUGAGCUCAACGAAUAUCUGGAGCAGUUUGUGGGAGACCAGGAAGCGUGGCAUGAGCUGUCAGAGCUGUACAUCAACGAACACGAUUAUGCAAAAGCAGCGUUCUGCCUAGAGGAACUGAUGAUGACCAAUCCACACAAUCACCUGUACUGUGAGCAGUAUGCAGAGGUGAAGUACACCCAGGGGGGGAUGGAGAACAUGGAACUAGCCAGGAAGUAUUUUGCGCAGGCACUGAAACUGAACAACAGAAAUAUGAGGGCCUUGUUUGGCCUAUACAUGUCAGCAAGUCACAUAGCUGCAAACACUAAAGUCAGUGCAAAGGUGAAGAAGGACAAUGUGAAGUAUGCUGCUUGGGCUGCCUCUCAAAUCAAUAGAGCCUAUCAGCUUGCUGGUCGUGGGAAGAAGGAGAACAAAUGCUCGAUGAAGGCGGUAGAGGAGAUGUUGGAGUCCAUGCACAUCACCAUGUCCUAAGCCUCAACUCUCUCCUCCUUAUCCUCCGUCACCACAACAGCGUGGCAGCUCUCCCUGCACACUGCAGCACACCACCACCCACAGAGUGGACCACACCGACCGUCCCCGCCUCACUCUCCAACUCGCUUUUGUUCUCCACGCUGAAGAGCAGUCCAGCCGACCAGACCCCCAGUCAUUCUACAUAUUGACUUUAUUUCGCCGUCAGCUCUCCUGAGUACAUGUGUCAAGGGCUGAAGAGACAGUAAAUGAGGAACUACCUGCACAGGUAUGCAUAGAUUACAAAUAUCUGAAGUGUCCGGGCUGGCCAGUAGUGUUUGUUAGCAGAUAGAUGACUUAAGAUCAACAACUAUAAUGUGAAUAGACUUUAGCCGAUAUUUAUAGGACACGCCAUUUUGAUUUAGACUGAAUACUGUGCUCUGUGUGUGCGAUGUCAAUUUUCAUAUGACUGGUGUCUAUUUUGGUCAUGUCUGUUUUAAUUAAAGAAUUUCAGUGUUUUACCAAUA